GUCAACCUCUUUAUUAUUGUUAUUAGCGUGCUCCGUUGCAUCAACCUGCUCUUGAAAAACUAAGCUGAUAUUUCACCAAAUUUCAUCAUGCCAAAGGUUCGGAGAAGUCGGAAAAGGACUCCAGAAGGAUGGGAACUAAUUGAACCUACCCUUGAUGAAUUAGAUCAGAAAAUGCGAGAAGCUGAGACUGAACCACACGAAGGCAAGCGUAAGGUCGAAGCACUCUGGCCGAUAUUCAAGAUUCAUCAUCAGAAAUCAAGAUACAUAUAUGAUCUAUUCUACAGAAGAAAAGCUAUUAGUAGAGACUUGUAUGAAUUCUGCAUCAAGGAGGGCUAUGCCGAUAAGAAUCUGAUUGCUAAAUGGAAGAAGCAGGGGUACGAGAACCUUUGCUGUCUGCGCUGUAUCCAGGCCAGGGAUACUAACUUUGGAACCAACUGCAUAUGCAGAGUACCCAAGAACAAGCUGGAGGAGGGCAGGAUAGUAGAAUGUGUACACUGUGGAUGCAGAGGAUGUUCAGGUUGAUACUACGACAGAGGUGCAAUCAAACAGAGUGGUAUGGACUAUGGGAGAGGAGUUAAAACGGAUUCAAAACAGCAUCGCAACUACAAGAGAUAGAGGAGCGUGACCUGACGCCAGUAAUACACAGAGAUUAGCAAUCAGCGUGGGACAUUUUUUUAAAGAUCGAUUGCAUUGACUACAUUAUCUACAAUUAAUCGUAAAAAUCAAGCAUACAAUUAAUUGCCAACCUUUGUGUUACAGGCAACUGGUUUUACUGUGGAUAUCAUCUUUUCUCUCUCCAGUUUAAUUCUUCUUCUUCCGGAAACAGUACAGGCCACCGUCUGGUGUACUGUCAUACUGGUAUUUGCGUUGACUUAGUUCCUGCUUUUGGAAGUUCAGUUAAGUCUGCCAUCGUUGACCAUCUAAUUGGGAUUGUCAUUUUUCUUCAAGCAAUCUGCUUAUGAUGACAAUCCUCCUGCAAAUUGUGAAUAUCAUAUAAUGAUUUGGUAGUUAAUCAUUUUUGUCUGGAAUUAUAUCUUUUAGUACACUUUAUUUAUGAUUCAUGCCAAAAAUGCUAACAUAUUAUGUUUAUUAUGUUAUCGAAAAUGUAUUAUACGAAUGUUCCAUGGAUGCAGAAGAAAACAAUAAAUCAAAUCUAUAAUUCUAAGAACGGGUCAAGUGGAAGCAAUUUUUCAUACCAGGGGGUGUUUCACAGAGAUUUAACCCAAUGAUCCCCCCAGUUAAAUAAAGGUUAACUCUUUGUGAAUUGCACUCAGAAAAUUCAGACUAUUUACAUGAUAUUGGAUGGUUCAGAAUGGAAUACCAGAAAUAUUUCAAGAGUUUACGAUUCGUGGAAUAUUUCCGGUAUUCCAUGAAGUAAAGCCAUCCAAUAUAAUUCAUAUCAUCUAUCCGCCCCCCCCCCCUAAACAAGAGGGAUGAAUUUGCUUGAACUAGUCAUGUCACUUAACCUUGGCAUCAUCACUUAAUAAGAUCAAUUUUGUCAUUGACAUGCGACUUACAUGUAUUUCAUUAUGACGUCAUCGAGUGUGAUCAUGCUCUAUGCUGCGCAUCGCAUUGCUUUCAUUGUUAGAUGCAAUGCAUAUUUCACGCAUGUGCACUAGACUGUUGAAUGCAGUGUCAUAUUCAACCGCAAAUUUUGUACAGGAGCCUUUGGGAUAUUUGUCAGAUUUUGGUCCUUUUAGGGAUUCACUCUGAUAUUGAACGGGCCAUUGAUGCAGAACAAAAUACGCAUUUUUAAUGUAUCACUAAAGCACUCUAUAAAGAUGAUAAUCAUUCAUUAAUAACAUCUUUAAGUCAUUUCCCCUCAAAUUGAAGAGGUUUUCUGAGAUUCCAAGAGGCAUGACAUUGGUAGAUUUCCAAUACUAUUAGUUACACCCUGCUUGUUCACGUCAUACAGGAAAUAUCUACGUUCUGGUUCCAUAUUCCAUGACGCCAGAGGCUGAAUGGAAUAUGGAACCAGAACGUAGUAUUUCCCUUUUGUUGUAAGAACAAGCAGGGUGUAAUGAUUUUAUCUCUUUAAGUGUAUCCUUAUAUUAUUGCAGAAUAAGGGAAAUCAAUAGAAUAGAUCUUUAAAAAAAGAAGCAAAACCCUGCAUUUUGAGUGUUCUUUGAAAGGAAGUCAUUCAUGACAUUGCAAUGAUCACAGUAAAAAUAAUGCGCACUUUGCCAUUGAAAUUGAUGUGCAAAUAGUAGUGCGCAGCACGAUGCUUAAAUACGCACGUAAUACAGCCUCAUAUUACGUGGCUGAAAUCAGCACUGGGCAUGCGCGUAACAAUGAAAACAUUAAAACAACAACAGCUAAACAUCAAAAGGUAAUACUUGCUCAAAUUUCCUGUUUGAUCUUUGUAACCAAGUAAAAUAGGUAAAUACGGGUUUGUCUUACAAACAAAUCGACCAAUCAGAUUACAGAAUUCAUAAGAAAUAUGGUCCACUAAGAGAUAAAUGUUUGUAUCAAUAAUUUGCUACAUUUUGAUGAAGAUUCAGUAGUUCCUAUGAUGGGAAUAUCUGAAAUCAGUCUAUUAGGAUGUCUUGAAUGUGAUUUUAGUUCUAUUAACAUUAUUAAAGAUGUUUGGCCAUUUCUAUCAUUUCCCAAUUACAAAGACAUGUAAAUUUUGGGUAUUUGAUAAUAAUACCUUUUUGUUCAUUGGUGACUGUAUGCAUAACGCAGUAGCUUGAUGGUGUACAGGGAAAGACAAGAGUUCAAAAUCAAUCUUUCUGGAGAGUCGUGUUCAUACUACAUUAGCACUUUUUAUUCACAUUUGCAUGUCUCUUAUCAUGGGCGGAAAUCUGUCCCCAAAGUUAGGGGGACCAGGGCCUGGAAAAUUUGACAAGCCCCCCCCCAAAAAAAAAAAGGUUUUCACCCAAAGUGGAAGGUCAUUUAGUCCAAAAUACAUGUAUUAUAUUUCGAUUGUGAAGUGAUGUAUUUUUCUCCAUCAUAAAAGACCAAAAAUAGUAGGGGGGAUAUUUGAUAUUGUGUCCCCCUACUAUUUUUGUUAGGGGGGACACGUCACGUCCCCCCUGGGAUUUCAGCUCAUGUCUCUUAUUAAACAUUGAGAUCACCCAAGAGCAUUUAAUUUUUUUGUUUGUGAGGUAGAUGGGCAUAGAGGAUUCCCCUAGUAAUACUCCAACCUCCUCUUCUCUUUUUAUGUUUGAAUCUUGAAUGAACUUCUGUCAUGGUCACAUGGCAUUGUAUAUGUAAAUAAUUUUGUGAAUAAAGCAGUAUGAAUUUUUACAA